CAGUUUCUAUGGAUGCCAGGAUUAGGGUAACAGCUGUUUUCCUGCCCAUUCGAGGAGAAACUGAAUGGAGAAGAAAAGACUUGUUUAAAGGACGUGUCUUUGCAAUUCCAUCAAACCUGAAGGACCGUGUGCUCUUAGGUAAGCCUUCACUCCAGGCUACAAACAUCUGGGUUGAAGCUGAUGUUUCUUGUGACACAGGGAAGGGCAGGAUGCGGGUGGCCGCUGCCCGCACAGGCUGGGUCUGUGCCGCCCUCGGCCUGGCUUCCUGCUCCUCCGCCUUCUCCCAUGGAGCCACGGCGGCCUGCGAGGACAUGCAGCCCCAGCACCUGCAGGCCCAGCGGCGGAACCCCAGGCCCCACCACAUCACCAUCUACACCGGCAGGUCUUCCUAUGCUCCAGGUGACACAGUGCCAGUGACUGUGAGGAGCAGUGGUGAUUUCAUGGGAUUUCUGCCUCAGGCCCGGAGAGCGUCCGAUCAUCAGGCAGCCGGCACUUUCCUUCUCGUUCCUCCCCACUCCAAACGCAUGAGCUGUUUUGAAGAGGCGGACACGGUCACCCACGCUGACAAGUCCCCGAGGAGAAGCCUGGCCUUCGUGUGGAAGGCCCCUGCCCAGCCCGUGGGGGACGCCCGAUUCCUUUUAUCAGUCGUCCAGUCAUAUUUUGUUUACUGGGCGAGGAUCGAGUCAUCGGCUGUGUCUCAGCAGACGAGCAGUGGAGCCCCUUCCCAUGGCCAUGUGGAGCCCGGCUCCCUGCUGCCCACCCUGGGGCGGAGGCCAGAGGAUGCGGAAAGACCUGCCCCAGUUCCCAGUCUCCCCGUAGCUCUUUGGCAGCAGCACACAGAUACUCUUGCUGUUGCCCUCGCUGGGGCUGCAGAAGAGGACAGCUUAGAUCCUGUUCCUGCCAGUACUGGGGUGUCAGAGUUUCCUGGGGAUGCAGAGGCUGUGUUCCAGCCAUCAUCACACACAGCUACUAUAGACAGCCAUGGCCAGCCAGCCAGCGGGGACAGCAACCCAACCUUAGAACCCUCCUUGGAUGUCUGCAGGCUGGAGAGGCUCGUGGCCCUCAGGAGAUUGUCUACCGAGGGCUUUGCUUCCAGCCCUAGUGCCCACCACAGGACUCAGGAUGAUCCAAGCUUUGAUUUGUCAGAAACUUGCCUGUCCUCAGACAGGAAUGAACAGGACAAGGUGGAGGCCUCUAACAGGACUGUGAUGAGGCAUCCCCUGGACACCAACCAUCCUACCUAUCCUCAGCGCCUCUGGCCCUCUGGAACGCUGGCUGGAGCUGGAGCUGGGGCUGGGGCUGGGGCUGGGGCUGGGGCUGGGGCUGGCACUGGGGCAGCCAACCCAGCACUUGUCUUCCACACCUCGGCCUCUCCCGGGCCACUCACUACUGCUGGCCAGUCGGAGGCAGCUGGGGCCUCUGCCAGCUUUUUGCCUCAGUCAAAGCACGAGGAACUCAGAGAGGGGGAGGGAAAUGGAGAGGGCAGCGUGGGCUACCCCAGGAAGACCCACCCAAGCCCCGAGGCUGGGCAAGAGGGAGCCCAUGCCCCUUCGGGGAUCCAGCACAAGACUCUCCAACUGGGAAUCCUGCUUUGCCUUUUGGCCACCUUGGGCAUGGUUUUGGCUGCUGGCCUUUGCUAUCGGCACACCCAGUAUUGCCACAAGCGGACAGGGGUGUCCUUCAGGGAGCCUGCAGGGGGUGCGGUUGCCAGGAGUGACGGGGGUGAGGCUGUGCAUAUCAGGCAGCUUGGGGAGAACAGCUGUGUCCUGGUUGAAGCUGAAUACAACUGGAUCGCCCCCUCUGUGGAUAGCAAGAAAACAGUCCUCUGA